CUCAACAUUCGUGCUGACGAUGGCGUCGUAUACUAACAUGCUGGUAUUGUGUCUCAACAUCUUUCUUAUGUUUCUGCAUGUCAUGGCUGGAUAGGAUUAGAUGCCAAUCUCGUCAAUCUGGAGGGGCUUAGAGUCCCCUUGAAUCUUCUCACCAUAGCAACCACAUCUUUCCAGAUGACGAGAUUUCUAUAAAAUACUUGGUGUUUCAAAAUCUGCAUCACUAAAUGACAUAAAGAAGGCUUAUAGAAAGAAGGCUAAAGAGAUGCAUCCUGACAAGAAUCCAGAUAAUCCCAAAGCUGCAGAUCAAUUUCAGGAUUUGGGUGCUGCAUAUGAGAUACUCUCAGAUCCUGAGAAGAGAAAAAUUUAUGAUCGCCGUGGUGAGGAAGGUUUAAAACAAGGAGAUAUGAGUGGUGAUCCUUUCUCAAGUUUUUUUGGAAAUUUUCAUUUUGGCAAAGAUCCUACACCUGAUGUAGUCCGUGGUGGAGAUGUCAUUAUGGAUUUAGAAGUCUCUUUAGAAGAACUUUAUUCAGGCAAUUUUGUAGAGGUAAUCAGGUACAAACCAGUUGCUAAACCUGCUAAAGGAAAGCGUCAGUGCAACUGUCGAAUGGAAAUGGUUACAACACAAUUAGGGCCUGGUCGCUUCCAAAUGGUACAGCAACAUGUGUGUGAUGAAUGCCCCAAUAUCAAAUUUGUUCCAGAAGAAAAAAUGUUAGAAGUUGAAAUUGAACCUGGUAUGCGUGAUGGUCAAGAACAUCCUUUUAUCGCUGAAGGUGAACCUCACAUAGAUGGAGAUCCAGGGGAUCUCAAAUUUAUUAUAAAGCAAGCAAAACAUCCUGUAUUUGAAAGACGAGGUGAUGAUCUUUAUACCAAUGUAACAAUAAGUUUAACAGAUGCUUUACUAGGAUUUGAAAUGGAUAUCAGCCAUUUAGAUGGUCAUAAAGUUCACAUCAAAAGAGAUAAAAUAACUCGACCCGGGGCAAGGAUGAGGAAAAAUAAUGAAGGAAUGCCCAGUUAUGAAAAUAAUAAUAUACUUGGUGCUCUCUAUAUUACAUUUGAUAUCGAUUUCCCUAAGAAGACAUUAUCAGAAGAAGAAAAGACAAAUAUACAGCAAAUUUUGGAACAGAGUUCAAAACAGUAUGUUUAUAAUGGUCUACAAGGAUAUUAACUGUGAAUAACUGUUUCAGUUAUUUCUUAAUUCAUAGACAGUGAAAAGCACAGUUUUUACAGUUUCCCAGACCUUUUGGGAUAUUUGCUCAUUUUCAUUAAAAGAUAUGCUUUAAAAAGUAACAAAAAAGGAACAAAUAUCCAAAUGA